GCUGUUGUUGUUAUUGUUGCUGCCCUCGCCAUGUUCAACGUGGAGAGCCUGGAGCGGGCCGAGCUCGGCGAGAGCCUCCUCACCUGGAUCCAGACCUUUAACGUUGAGGCACCAUGCCAGACCGUGGAAGAUUUAACGAAUGGGGUUGUGAUGGCCCAGGUUCUUCAAAAAAUAGAUCCGGUUUACUUUGAUGAAAACUGGUUAAACAGGAUCAAAACAGAAGUAGGAGAUAAUUGGAGACUAAAGGUAAGCAACCUGAAGAAAAUUUUGAAAGGGAUACUGGAUUACAACCAUGAGAUUUUAGGGCAACAGAUUAAUGACUUCACCCUUCCUGAUGUUAACCUCAUUGGAGAGCACGCUGAUGCUGCAGAGCUCGGGAGAAUGCUGCAGCUCAUUUUGGGAUGUGCUGUGAACUGUGAACAGAAGCAAGAGUACAUCCAGACCAUAAUGAUGAUGGAAGAAUCAGUUCAACAUGUUGUCAUGACAGCCAUUCAGGAGUUGAUGAGUAAAGAGUCUCCAGUCUCUGUUGGAAAUGAUGCUUACGUUGACCUUGAUCGUCAGCUGAAGAAAACUACAGAAGAAUUAAAUGAAGCACUAGCAACAAAAGAAGAAAUCGCUCAGAGAUGUCAUGAGUUAGAUAUGCAGGUUGCUGCCCUUCAGGAGGAGAAGAGCAGUUUACUUGCCGAAAACCAGAUUCUGAUGGAGCGCCUUAACCAGUCUGAUUCCAUUGAAGAUCCCAACAGCCCUGCAGGUCGUAGGCAUUUGCAGCUGCAGACUCAAUUAGAGCAACUCCAAGAGGAAACUUUCAGAUUAGAAGCUGCCAAAGAUGACUAUCGAAUACGGUGCGAAGAACUAGAAAAGGAAAUUGCUGAAUUGAGGCAGCAGACAGAAGAGCUUACUACAUUGGCAGAGGAGGCUCAGUCCUUGAAGGAUGAGAUAGAUGUACUGAGGCAUUCUUCUGAUAAGGUCGCUAAGUUAGAAAGUCAGGUAGAAUCAUACAAAAAGAAAUUGGAAGACCUGGGUGAUUUGCGACGGCAAGUGAAGCUCUUAGAAGAGAAGAACACAAUGUACAUGCAAAACACUGUGAGCUUGGAAGAAGAACUGAGGAAGGCCAACGCAGCACGCAGUCAGCUGGAGACGUACAAGAGGCAGGCAGUUGAACUACAAAACAGAUUAUCUGAAGAAUCCAAGAAAGCUGAUAAAUUAGAUUAUGAAUGCAAACGGCUGAAAGAAAAAGUAGACAGCCUCCAAAAAGAAAAAGAUAGGUUAAGAACAGAAAGAGAUUCUUUGAAAGAAACUAUUGAAGAACUCCGAUGUGUUCAAGCACAGGAAGGUCAACUCACCACUUCAGGUUUGAUGUCCCUAGAAAGCCAGGAACCUUCAGACAGUUUAGCAGCAGAAAUUGUUACUCCUGAAAUCAAGGAGAAACUCAUUCGCCUUCAGCAUGAGAAUAAGAUACUAAAACUGAACCAAGAAGGCUCUGACAAUGAAAAGAUCGCCUUGUUGCAGAGCCUGCUUGAUGAUGCAAACUUGCGGAAGAAUGAACUGGAGACAGAGAACAGAUUGGUAAAUCAGAGACUUCUAGAAGUACAAUCCCAAGUUGAAGAACUACAGAAAUCUUUGCAGGAUCAAGGUUCAAAAGCUGAAGAUUUUCUUCUGUUGGCUGCUGUUUUGCUUUAUACUAAUGUCAUCUCUGUUUCUUGGCAUGGGCUUCUGCUCAAGGCUAUUUCAGUUCUUCUGAAAAAGAAACUAGAAGAGCAUCUGGAGAAGCUCCAUGAAGCCAACAAUGAGCUACAGAAGAAACGAGCUAUUAUCGAGGAUUUGGAACCAAGAUGUAACAACAGUUCACUGAAAAUAGAAGAAUUACAAGAAGCUUUGCGGAAAAAGGAGGAAGAAAUGAAGCAGAUGGAAGAGCGAUACAAAAAGUAUUUGGAAAAGGCAAAAAGUGUGAUACGUACUUUAGAUCCUAAACAAAACCAAGGUGCAGCUCCUGAGAUUCAGGCUCUGAAGAAUCAGUUGCAGGAGCAGGACAGAUUGUUUCAUUCAUUGGAGAAAGAAUAUGAAAAAACAAAGAGUCAGAAAGAAAUGGAGGAGAAACUUAUCGUUAGUGCCUGGUACAAUAUGGGGAUGACUCUGCAUAAAAAAGCAGCAGAAGACAGACUGGCCAGCACGGGCUCGGGACAGUCCUUCUUGGCCAGGCAAAGGCAAGCCACGAGCACAAGGAGAUCCUACCCUGGCCACGUCCAGCCAGCAACAGCAAGGUAGAGAAGCCUUGCCCUUAAAGAGAAAACUGCCCUGUGAUCCAGGCCACCUCUGUUGCACAUGACAACAUCCAAGGAAAAUCAACCAGCAUCCCAUCUCUGCCCCUAGUUACUCACCGCUGUUAUUCCUCAGUUCAGGAAAGGGUUUUGUUAUGGUUUCUCUUUAGCCUGUAGUGCCCUUUGAUUAUGUUUUCUUGGAGUCGAUCUUUCUAUUUUUUCUGCCUUUUUGAGAGUGCCAAAGUUUUGAAAACAUCUAGAGGAGUGGUGUAUAAUAAUGGAGUCUUAUUUUUUUGUUUUGCAUGAAGCCUGGCCUCUUACGAAAAGCCUCACAUAAGCUGUUUAACAAUGUAAAUUUCCUGUCACAGUUGAUACAUUUGUGCCUCCAAGGGUUGUUAAUGCUUUUUAAGACUAUAUUUGUUCAAAAGGAGCUAGGCUUUUCAUUGUGGUGUAACCUGAUGCUUUAAAAGAAAAAGGCUGAAAACUCAUUACAAGAAAUGCAAAACCAGUGCAUAAUAUUGUUGUGAAAAACAUUUGCAGCUAAAAAAACUUGCCAUUUGCAACUAGGUGAUAUGGCAAUGUUCUUUGCCAUCUCUUUUAGUUGUUUGCUUUCUUUAAUCCUUUGUACACACAGAUUUCUUUAUUCUUGAUCUCUAUUAAGGAAACAGGAUGAUUUUCUUCAGACGUUAUUUUCCCCUUCCCUAAAAAGAGUUUAUAUCUGUUCCUGGUAAUCAACUGGUGUUACCUGUUCGUUUACAGAUGCAUAUUUUCAAAUGGUUUAUCCCAUUCCUCUUGGUCAAAUAUGUGCUUAAUAUAUGUUAUAGAAUAUUAAGAAAUACUUGGAAUGUUUUAUAUGCUACAGCAUAAUCCAUUUAAAAGAAGGCAUUUAAAAUAUCUAAUUUUGGACUAGUAGAACCUAAUGGAUCGAGGCUCAGACACAUUGCAGUUAUUAAUCUAUUCCGGUUUUUAUUCCCUACUAAAAAACUUACUUUUCAUGCAUUGAUUCAGGUUAUGAUUAUAUCAGUUGCCUUACUAAUGGUACUAGUGCCUUGAGGUGAGUUUGUCGUUGAUUUUGGUUGAAACUGGCUGUCUUUUGUUGUACCAACUGUUUAGUAUGUAGCUGACUAAAUAUGGCACUCGUAUAGCAGCUUGUUUAUCAGCAGGGUAGGUGACGAUCCCUAUGGCUAAAUUAGGCCUUGGUCUUAAUUUGAAGUUCUCGGUAUCUUUAGGGUGACUCUGCUCUCCUUGCUGUAUUCAUCAAAGGAGUGAUGGGCAUAAAGUACCUAUGAGUAUUAAUUGAAUGUUUUGUACACGUACCCUUUGUGAAAAUUCAGUCUUAAACAUUUUUCUUUCACGCUGGUCCCUGAUGGGCAUACAUUCGAGUUUCUGAAUUUAUCCCUCUUCCCUUAUUUUAAUGCUUUCUCCCAUGAAGACAUUUCUGUUCAUUAAUCCCUUCUGAGAAAAGAUAUUCUAAUUUUUAUUACCAUUCCGAGAUAUUUUCAGCUGGAAUGAGCCAAGGAUCAUUAAAACUGAUAGACCUAGAUUGAGAGUGGUGGCUGUUCCUAGGCACAGUUUUACCCUCAAAUACAUUGUCUGUUAUAAUCUAUACUAAAAAAUGUAUUCAGUACGUCUGAAAAUUCCCUCAAUAUUUUUCCAGCAUUACAGAAACAUCUGCCAAAGUCUAUUAGGUUUUCCUUUUAAUUCUCAGAUUUUGAAAUAAGUGUUUUUCUAAAAAUUCUGUAAAGAUCCUCAACGUUCGUCAUGUCUGGACUAUGCAUGCAAAUUUAGAUGAGAUGAGGAGAAUACCUCCCAUCCAUAAAAGUUACAGGGUAGUUCUCUGUCUCAGACAGGUGAUGGUUGCUUUGCUGACUCUUCAUGAGGUUCAAAAUGCUGAAGGGGCAGAAGUCUCUGAUUAUCUAGUAAAAUUAUGACUUUAUUUUUUAUUUUCUGAAGUCUUUAUCUAAUCUUCUUGUACACUCCAUUCUAAUCAUUUGAGGAACUUGAUAUUAUUGCAGGUUAUAUGUGCAAUGUAGUUAGAGUAUGUUGUUUUCUCUCGUAAAUAUGGUGUUUUAUAUUACCCAGAGAAAGAACCCAAGGUUAUUUAAAACUCUUUUUAUUUUUAUCUGACCAGAUCUGUCAGUUACCAAACUGCCAAAGCCUAUUAGGGAAAGAAGGGGAUACAAAGAUUUUAAUGGGAGGUUUUAUUUCUUAAAUGUGUCUAAUCAUUUAAUUUACUUUUACUAUUAAUUAGAUGCAUGUCUAAAGUAAAUGGAAUAAAAUCAACACACUAGAACAGAAACUUUCUUAUACUAUUUUAAUAUUUUCUUUACUAGUUUAUCAACAAGUCUUUUGAUCAUAAGCAGAGGUCUCUGAUAGGUUAGAAACUGAACACUGAUUAAAAACCUCCCUUUUGGUUUUUACUUUUCUCUCUUCUGUGUCUUUCUCCACUUUUGUACUUAGUUUUUUUAUUAUCUGUUCUGUGGUGCCUCCUCUUUUUUAACUUUAAUUUUCGCAUAAGAUAUGGCACUACAGGAUUUUCUAUAGUUGCCUGCAAGAAAAAAAUAUCAUAUUCAUCAUCAUAUAUGUAAGAGAAAAAAAAAAGUAAUAUUGAUUCUGAAUUUUACUACUGCUUACAAUAGUUGUCAGUCAAGAUAAAAACAUUAUUUUGUUUUUGGGGAAUUCCCAAACUCAUAGAAAUCCUGGUAUUUCUUUCUUAGAACUUGUGUUAUAUUUUAAUAUGCAAAAAUAUACUGCAAUCUUAGAAAUACCUGUAAAGAUAAUCUGUCUGUAUCCAGUUCUGGUAGAUCAUAUGUGCUGUCUUCUAAAUUUAGAUUCUUGGGUUUUUUUUAGCAAUUUCCUGUAUCUUGUUCCACACAGGAGUUCUUGAGUGUGGACAGUUCUCUUGAAUGCAGGUGGUGAACACCGUCGGAUCUUCCGCUAGCAAGAAAGGCUGCUUCGUUGAAAGGCUUCAGCCUCCUUGUUUUUCUUUCAAGGAAGCUGUGUGGUUAGGCAGCCGUGCAGGCUGUGGGGUAUUGAGGAGCUCAGAGGUGGCUUGAGGGGAUGAGAACCUGCACGGGAGAUACUUGCUCAUGAACAUUGUCUCUUUAUACCUUUAUCGGUACAAAAACAUAAGCAAAAAACCUGCAAAACAAAAUUCUGUCAGUACAAUAGCUACUUAGAGCUACUUUAAGAGGCUUAUUGUAAGAUUUCCUGUGUACCAUUAGAAAGUAUUUAUAUUAAGAUUAUAUUAAUCAGUUAAUAAAGCAACAUCACACACUGUCCUCAAACUGCAAAAAAAAAAAAAAAAAAGAGAAAUCUUACAUAGUGAUCUUAAAGAGGAGAUAAGAUGUUCAUGGUGGUGAAAACACAUUUGAAAUAGUAAGAAUACAUUCCUAAAUCCUGUGCCAAGGACCUAUCCAUAAGGAUGUCCCUGGAGAUCUGAACUGAAUGCCAAUAGAAGAUGACAGUUGAAUGCACAAAUGUGUGUGCUGCUUAGGAGCUAGAGCUUAGUUUUGGUCUUCAAAGAUGUGUGUUUUGUCCUGUUUUGUAUACUUCCUUGAAGAGUUAGUUGUAGCGUAAAUUAGACAUCAUAAAAAAAAAAUAUUCAGGUGCUCCUGGUAAGUUUUCCUGGUAUCACCACACUUAAUCACCUGGGUCAUGAUAUAUAUUUUCUAAGUACUGUAUAAAUCGAGACAGUUUAAUUAAUGAUAGCGUGUCCCACCGUAGUGCAAGGGGAAACCUACUGUUAGAGUUGACAGUGUUGUACAAUGGCUACAAAAUACUCCUCAUCUUCCUCGUGGAAAUGAGAUAUUGGGGAUCUAGAUCUGGCAUCACUUGAGUUUGUAGUAAUAGUUCUGCUAGUUUUGUGGCUUUCUAUUUGUAUAAGGAGCACUGCCAAAUUUGUAUUCCUUGCAUUUGAAGUAAUUUGACUGUUGCUGUUGUUGCUUUACGAUAAUCUUAGUGGUAAGUGGUAUAUGCAAGCUGUCGAGAAAUUUUUUUUAAGAGGAUUUGGCAGUUUUAUAAGUCCCCCUGUGUUUUGACAUGUGCAAAUAACUUUUACUUUUCCUCAGUCCUCUUGUCUAUGAGACUCUCCACUUAGUGGCUUCCUAGCAGAUUUUUAGUGAGUUUGAUCACGUUGAUGUGUUGAUGUUUUAUGUAGAUACAGUAAUAGCGAAAUAUUAUCUUUAACAGUCGAUUUUCCUCUAGUUGGUGACAAUGAGGAAAAAUGUCCUGAAAGUGGCUAAUAUUUUUUUUUUCCUCCUGUGAAGCAAACAGUACCUGAAUUUUACUCUUAGUGGGGAUUUUUCUUUCCCAAGCAUCCUGACUUAUUGCAAGGAUUGAUGAGGGAAACAUUUUUGCACUCAGAGUCAGAUAUUGAAUUCUGACUUUUUGGGGAUUUUUGCACGCGUGUGUUAGGUAGAAUAUGGACUCUGUGUUUAGCAGUAACGUUGAUUGACAGACUCUCCCAGACCAGAGUUCACUGAUUUUUCAGGCCUCCUCCUCACCUGUGUGGUGUGAAUAACUGCCUGAGGGAGGUGUCUCCGUCAGGAAAUACUUCCAUGUGUUCUCUUUUGAAGCAGGUCAUCAUCCCGCAGGGUUGUCGCUCACAGAGUAGUUUAGGAGCUGAACUACGACAGAAUUGUGAUCUCAGGAAACCAAGGGCUUGUAAAGAAACCUUUCCAUAGACCAUUUCUCAGAACAGCUGCAUUAGCUGGGGCUGGCAAGCGCGACGCGUUCAUCAUCCUGCUAGCAGGAAAACGCGGAUCAUCGCGGAUGCAGGGAUUUGAAUGUAGGGCAGGACGUGCGGCGAGUGGGAUUUUCCGCUGUGCUCUGGCUUCGUGCCCUGGCGUCCCCGUCAUGUCGCAGGGUGGGCGUCUCGGAGGGACAUCCCGGUGCAGCCGAACCCGGAACGGCUCCCGAGCCGGGAUCGGGUCUGCAGCAGGAAGAGGCGUCGGGAGGCAUCAAAGCCGCGUCCGGGUGGUCGCUCGCCAGGGCCUUGGGAAUGUCCUGGCACGGAGCCUCGGGAGCCUCCUGCGCCUUGGAAUGUGCCCUCUGCGGAGGUCCAGAGGAGCAGCGAAGGCUGCUCGGUGACCAUGCGGGCUACAAAGGAACAUAAAGGGUGAUCUACUAGGUUUGAGGGGGAAGGGUAAAAAAAAUCAAAAAUCCGACAGCGGGCUAUGAGAACGGAUGUGUCUGCCAGCACGCGGCUCUGCCGCUCGAGUUUGAAAGCUGAAACCGGAGAGCCCUUGGGAGCGCCCUCCCGCUGCCGGCUUGGGAGCGGGUGGAACGCGGAGGCGGCUGCUCCGUGAGGAGCCUGGCGUUGCCCGCGUCAGCACAGUGACCUGCGGCUUCUUGCGCCUCAUCCCGAAAUCCCAGCACGCGCCUUCCCUGUAGCCUCCUCGCCGCCUUACUGGGAGAUCCUGAGGGCUUCGCGCCUGUAGCCUGGCCAUCCUUGGCAAAUUUUGUGGAUGCACAGAAAGCUGGAAUACAGAGGUGGUUUAUUAAGCUCUGUUUUUAUUGCAUUAGGGAAUUAGGUAGUGAAUUAAAGUAAGUUGGAAAGUGCAGGAAAACCGGGCCAGCCAGCAGUCCCAUGGGACAUAGAAGGAACGCCUGGCAUUGCAGCCGCAGCAGCUUCCCAAGCAGGUGGUUCUGGUAUCCAGUCGCAGCCAGUGGAUCAGCAGGAGCUCGGGAUGAAUCCCGUAGUUGACCUCCUCGUGUGCCACAAGGUCACGGGUGUUUUCAUGGUGUGCCCUCUGUCACGGCCCAGAUCCCACCCAGAUCCCGUUCCCUGAGGUGCUCUUGGCUGCUGUGUGUAGGAUUCACCUGUGGAGCCACUGGCGUCACCCGCAGCCUCCUUGGCGCGGCAUGAGGGCUCCAGGCGGGAAGCAGAUCCCAAAGGUUUCCCUUAGCAGGGUCACCGGGAUGCCGGGAUGGGAGUACUGGAUCCCCGGAGCCAGGAGCUGGUGGCUGCAGGGGCUCCACGCGAGGCCGGAGCGCCCGGGGCAGCAGCGGCUGCUUGGAGGGUUCGGCCCUGGGCUCGGCCUCGCCGUGCCGGUGGGAUCCUCCCGGGAACCAGGCGGGUUCCUGGUGGCCGGGACAUGCCACGGCCACGUGUCGGGAUGUGGCUCUGUGAUGGAACUCGGGAGUGGAGCAGGGCAGAGGGAAUCUUGUGGAAUCACCGUCGCUUGCAGUGAGGAAUCGGGGUCUGAUGCAGAGCCCUGCGGGGUGUUUUCCCACUGGGAAAUGAGGAGCUCCUGCUGUGGUUAGUGUUGUGCAUGGGUGGAUGAGGAGGUGAAACCCCGGGAUUUGUAAGGGAAAGGCUCUUUCCUUUGGUGCGCCCUUGAUUUCAGUUACAGUUCCCCCCGGCACGCUUGGAUUGGGAUUCCUGCAAGGAUCCCAACCUAGUCAGCGGCGGCCGCGUCGGGAGCCGGGAUGCCCUCGGAUCCCCUCUUCCCUCAGGCAAUCCCAGCGGGGCACAGGCGCCUUUCCUGGCAUGCGGGGUUUCCCGCUGCCGGAAUGCUGCUGGAAUGAGGCACUUUGGGACUGUGCUAGACAGGACCUAAGUCUGGAUCAAUCCGGGCACUCGGUUCUGCAGCUUCUCCCGGGCUCUGUUGUGAACCUUCCCGUCAAGCUGAGAUUUGGCCCAGCCAAGAUGGAAUCCAUGGAUCCUCCAUGGAUUUGCACAGCUCUGAGUAGAGACGGACUCACCUAAGCUGCUCUGAAAACACCUCUUCUGCUCUCAUUCUAACAAUAACGAUAUCUUUGCUGCUCUUUAACUUUCUUCUUUAUUUUCUUUAUUUGCAGUGAUGUGGUUGCAUGACCUGCAGCAUUUUUGUAACAGGGACUGUUCAGUGCAUGACUUGCUUUUCUGUCCAGACUGCAUAACCAAAACUUAUCCAGUUCUACACUUAAGACUGGGGCGUCUGGUCUCGCAGCGGGACACCCACGUGCAGAGACACUGGCCGUCCCGGGCAGCGGCUUCCCC